CCUGUUUGUUGCAUCGGAGGCUCAGAAGAGCAAGGGACGCAAGACAACUUAGUUUUGGAAUGUUAAAACAAUUGGUAUACAAGAAUUUAUUUAAUAAAAUUUUUCAUUCAGCUAUUUUCCUAUGAUUUCAUCGCAGCUUGGCCAUAAUGGUUACUCACACAGAAUAACUAUGAUUUACAGAAUCCGAUGGCACAACUAAACAGGUCAAAUUGAGUGUGAAGGAAGCUAUGAAGCCACCUAACGGAAGAAAGAUCAUACUCAAGUUCAACAGUGAACUGUAACCAGUUGGAGAUGAAGCUGGUAUACUGAGCGGCGUUCUCGGACAAAUUCUCAAUCUGCGAGAAAGACUGGAGAAAGGUUCGCACCAGGGACAAGGUCUAUAAUGAAUGUGUAAAGGUAAAAACUUAUAUUUUUGUACCAUUCCGGACUCAUAAUUUGAACCCUAUUGAGAAUUUAAUUUUACUGUUGCAGAAAAUAUUUCAUUUUGAUGAAGAUAGUGGAGGAAUUAUCAAGCGUAUAAUAUUAAAAAUGCUAGGAAGGGCUUGGAAGGAAACGAGAAACAAAUUAUAUCAUCACUGCUAUGACUCAGAACUGACUCUUGCAGAUAAUAUUGAAUGCCACCUAUCGGGAAUUAUUGCGGACCAUUGGAGAUGGUACCUCGAUUAUCACAAUAGUGAAGAGACAAAGAAGAAGUGUAAGAAAAAUACUGAGAAUCGAUCAAAGCAGCUUUACACCCACACUGGCGGAUCGAAAAGCAUGGCAAGGCUCGGAGAAGAAGAGUCGAAACGACAAGGGAGGAGAGUUGGUAGAGGAAAAUUGUAUCUCUUAACGCACAAAAGACCUAAUGGCUCCUAUAUCCAUGAUGCAUCUCGGACUAUUGGUGAAAGAAUUGAGGCUAUUGAGCAACGUGAUGAAUCCUCUAGACUGUUGUCUCAGAAUGAUUCGCUUGCUCAAACUCUCGGAAAGGAACACCCGGGUAGAGUGCGUGGCAUGGGUUUGGGGCCGACUUCUAGUCAAGUCUUUGGUAUGAAUUGCCAUCAGCCGAGCAAUGGAGCUCAAAGGGAGGAGACCCAAAGGGUGCUGCUUGAACUACAAGCAGAGUUGGCGGCCAAAAAAUUAAAAAGGAAGGAAGUGGAGGAUGAAGUAGCUGCCGAGAAGACAAAACGUUAGGCAGUGGAGGAUGAAGUAGCAGCCGAGAAGACAAAAAGACAGACAAUGGAGGAUGAAGUAGCAGUUGGAAAGAUAAGGAUGCAGGCAAUGGA